CUACCAUAUCACGCCAGUAGAACCCUCCCAUGCAGUGGGGCCCAAUCAUUAUUAAAACCCUAAUUAGUAAACCAUACUCCAACCUCACCAUAUCAUCUCUCAACACAAGAACCCUUCUCCACAAAUUCAUAUCCAGAGACCCUAGAAUUCCCUCCUUACCUCGAAGCUCCGCCAUGAUCAACGGUCCCAAUCCACUGAUGGAUCUACCGUUCCUCUUCUUCAUCUUCCUCUCACUCUUCCACACCUACGUCAGAGCACAAGCAAACCAGCCCGACCUUUCAGAUCAGAACGCCGUUCCAUCAACCUACCGGCCUAGCGUUGCUGUAGUAAUCGGCAUCAUCGCCAUCAUGGUCUCCCUAACCUUCCUACUCUUCGUAUAUGCUAAAUUCUGCCACAUCUCGGCAUCAGACUUCUUCAAUCAUGGUGAAACAGACCAAAAUGGCCCAAAUCAGCUACGGUCACGAUUCUCCGGAAUUGAUAAGUCUGUCAUUGACCGACUCCCUUUCUUCCAGUUCUCUUCCCUUAAAGGAGCGAAAGAAGGCCUCGAGUGCGCUGUCUGUCUCUCCAAAUUCGAAGAAACUGACCUUCUCCGCCUCCUUCCAAAAUGCAAGCACGCAUUCCACAUCGACUGUAUCGGUCAGUGGCUCGAGAGCCACUCCAGCUGCCCGCUGUGUCGAUACAAGGUCGACGUCCAGGAUCUAAACACGAUAACAUACUCAAACAGCCUUCGAUUCCUGAGAGACCCAUCAGACCUACGCGAGCCUGAUCUGGAGCUCUUCGUAGAGAGAGAGCCUGAUAGCGAUGGUACCUCAUCCAGGUUCAGCAUCGGAGGCAGCUUCCGAAUCAUUGAUAAGGGCAAGAAGGAAGAGUUUCUAAUCCCAGAGAACGGUGAUGAGGACCCACAAUUCUUGCAUAAAUUCAAACACAAGAUCGUAGUAUCUGAUGUAGUCCUUAAAAACAGAUGGAGCGAUGUGAAUUCUUCUGAUCUGAUGGCGUUGAAUUCAGAAAUGCUUAAUGAUGCAUCCAGCAAGCGUUUCUCUUCAUUGGAUUCGACUAGCGACCAUUUCCUGAUUUUAGAAGAUGGGUCUUUCGUAAAUGAGAGGACAUCGAAGAUGAGAGAAGAGAUGGAUAAGAAGAGAUUGCUUGAGAGCAAGGUUAGUGGGAUUAAUAUAAAUCUUCCUUCCACUUCUACAUCAACCUCUUUGAUUCCAUCUGGGAAGCGUUCCAUGUCUGAGAUUACAAACAUCUCGAGGUUCAUGGACUUCGGUGCUAAAAAUAGGAUUAAAGAUCCUUCGACGGGAGGGAAUAAUGCAAAGGAGGAGAAGGUGAGGAAGCUUUGGUUGCCGAUUGCAAGGCGGACUGUUCAAUGGUUUGCGGGUAGGGAACAAAGAUCAGGAUCGAAAGAUGAAAAAGAGAUUUCCAAUGUGUGAUCCGAUUCUGCAAUUUCGGCCAGUAUUGUUGAAAGUUUGAAGACCUUGAUCGGCAAAUCCCAUUGCAAGUGAUGAUGAAGAACUAAAAAUACUCUAACAGAACAAUUUUCAUGUAAGGAUGUUUAAGUUGGACGGUAUAUUCCAAGAUGAGAAUCAUAUUACAUUUUAAUGUAAUAUUAUCAUGUAAUUCUUUCUUUUUUAUAUUUAAUAAAUUAUAUCAAUGCUUUUAUCA